UAGAAAGUAUAGGAAUAUUGCAACAAUUUUCAGUUCCUAUCAAUAAAAUUUUGAAUAUACCCGGAAACUAUUAAACAUUAUCGAACGCAAUAUAGUACAUCGAUUUUUUUUUAUUAAGAAAUCGAUAACAAAACUUGUCGAUCAAAUAUUUGCGGAUGGUUCGAGUAGUCGAGAAAAAAUAUCGAUUCAUAAAUUAAGUCUGAGAUGCAUUACAUACUGCAUCUCUAAUCACUAUUAGAAAAUGCGUGACGUAGCGAUGGAUGCGAAUGGAAAUGGGAAGCGUGAUCUUCCCCGAAUAGUUCUACAGCAACGAAUUAUGAGUACCGAAGAAACAUCUAAAUCUACGGAUUUGGACUUUGUUUAUGACGAUGCGGACAAGCAUGCCAAUGAAAUUGCUGAAUUGUACAGCUAUUCAGAACAGUCUGAAUUACAUGUUAACCUCACAGCAUUUGAAGAGCAAAUGGAAUUAUAUAAAUUAAGACCAUGGUGGCAAAAUUUAUCAGAGGCACAACAGAAAUCUGUAAUUUACAAAUUAUUAGAUCAGUUAGAGGUUUCUAACAAACAAUUAAGAAUGAAAGCAGCAAGGUGCAUCUUGUAUUUAGCUCAAGGUUGUUGGGCUGAAGUACAGUCUGAUGAAGAGCAACGAGAAUGGACCAGAACAAAUGUUAUGUUAUUAUAUGAGGCUGGAAUUUUCCCAGCAUUUGUUGAACUUCUUAAUAUUGAAAUUACGAAUAGUAGGAGAACUGCAUCUGCAAUGAGGAAAAUAUCUGUUAGUCUUGAUGAUUCCACUGAUUUAAGAGUAAUUUUGUCUGUUUUAUAUAUUAUAACAGAGGUGAUGAGGGAAGAAAUGAAAAAUAUAGAACAUAGUAUUUAUAAGAAUAAUGUUGAAUCUUUCAAAGAAGAUUUAAUAAAUCCAUAUGGCGAAGAGUUGCUUAUAGUUAAACUUCUUGGCAUGGUGACAUACUUCUGUAGUGGAGCAGCUCCACAUUUUCCAAUGAAAAAGGUUCUUUUAUUGCUGUGGAAAUUAAUCUUGGUAUCAUUGGGUGGUAUUGAUACACUAAGGGAGUUAAAAAAACAAUAUCGCGAAGAAGUUGGUCUUGAUACACAACAAGAAGAUACUUUAGAAGUUGCAAAGACUAUGAGACCUAGUUCUCCUCCUGUCAGUGCAGCAGAUUUAAUUGAAACACAAAAUCAAAAAAAGAAUCAUAGAUCUUAUCGACGAUUUUUAAUGAAACAAAGUUCAUUGGAUGAACCAGGCUUGGGAAUGGAAUAUGAAGGUGCAGAAGUGGGGAACAAUACUACAAACAAUGAAGGUGAAGGAGAAGCUAAUGUAUUUAUGAACCAAACUGUUUUGACUCAGUUACGAACUUACUGUCAAAACGAGAACAAUCAGCCUCCAAUAAGACCUGAUACCCCACAACUUACUAAGGGAAAAAGUUUACCAUGGACACCAAAGGUGAGACAAAAGGAUGUUGAUACAUUUCUUGAAGCAUCAAGAUUAAAAUUUGUUGGUUACAACUUGGAAGGAGACAGACAAAGUUUGGCAGGUUUACCACAACCAAUACUUGAAGGUGUUAAUACACUUAAAAGACAUAUGUAUACAUCUUUAGCUGAAAUCCAAAUCCAAAAAGAGGAACAAAUGCUUAGAAAUCCUAUAAGCACUCCAAGGUUUCCAAUUCGUCAGACACCGACUGAAAUUGUAUAUCAUGCUAUAUUACCAUUUGUACCACAAUAUAUGAUUGCAUUAUUAAAGAUUUUAUUAGCUGCUGCACCCACCAGUAAAGCUAAGACAGAUAGUACCAAUAUUAUGGCUGAUGUUUUGCCAGGACAAAUGCCCAUGACUGUUUUUCAGUCGAUGAAACUCGGUAUUGAUGUAAGCAGACAUAAAGAAAUCAUUGUUAAAGCAGUAUCUGCCAUAUUGCUUCUUCUGUUAAAACAUUUUAAACUAAAUCACAUAUAUCAGUUUGAAUUCAUGUCACAACAUUUAGUAUUUGCUAAUUGUAUACCACUUGUUUUAAAAUUUUUAAAUCAGAAUAUUCUAGCUUAUAUAGAAGCUAAAAAUGUUAUUCCUAUCUUGGAUUUUCCUAUGUGUGUUAUUGGAGAACAACCAGAUGUGUCCCUAGAUAAUCUUGAAACUGGGGAUAAUCUACCAUAUUCAUGGAGAAACGUUUUUUCGUGCAUUAAUUUAUUACGUAUUCUUAAUAAACUUACAAAGUGGAAACAUAGUAGAAUUAUGAUGUUAGUCGUUUUUAAAUCAGCACCCAUAUUAAAACGUACAUUAAAAGUCAGACAUGCAAUGAUGCAAUUAUAUGUCUUAAAAUUACUAAAAAUGCAAACUAGGUAUUUAGGGCGACAAUGGCGAAAAACUAAUAUGAAAACAAUCAGUGCAAUAUAUGCAAAAGUUAGGCAUCGUUUGAAUGAUGAUUGGGCUUAUGGCAAUGAUCUAGAAGCACGACCUUGGGAUUUCCAAGUAGACGAGUGCGUAUUACGUUCUUGCGUUGAUCGAUUCAAUAACCUACGAUACACUAAUAUUCCUAAGGAUAAAGAUAUGGAACCUGUUGAUAAUUCUGUUACAUCAGUACUCGGGGUAAAUAUGGAAUUAAGCGAUGAAUUUAAACAACAUUAUGAAUUAUGGUUACAACAAGAAGUAUUUCAAAGAAGUAUUAAUUGGGAUGAAUUAUUGGAUCCUGAAGGAUGUGAAAUUUAAAUUUUUAAUAAGUGUAAUAUAAUAUAUAUACAUAUAUAAUAUUAAAAUCGUAUUUUCGUCAAUCAUAGACCUGGAUCAAAUUUUGACGUUUUUAUAAAUUAUAUACUAUUGUGAAGUGUUCAAAAAAGACAUUGUCAUAUCGAUGCAUUGGAAACUGAAUUUGGUUUGUAUACAUUGAUCAGUGAGUAAUCCUAAUCUAAUGAACGUUUCAGAAAAAGACUAGUGACUUUUCAAGGAUGGUUUACAAGAUAAUGUGUAAUUUUUUUACAUUUAUUUGUGUGUAUUUAAUUCAAUGUGCAUUACUUGUAGCAAUAUUUUAUUAUUACUAUUAUAGUUGUAAGAGAAUAUAUAUAAUAAUCAUAAAGAAGUAGGGUAACCUUAUUCAAAUAUAUGGUUCAUGCCAUUCACAUUCAUAUUAUAUAAGUUUCUGUAAAUUAAAAUGUUAAUUUCAAAUAAUGUAACAAACUACGAAUCGUAUACCAGCUGGAACUUCCCGUAUUUUUUAUAAUUUUUAUAUGUACUCUAUUUCUAUUUUAUAUGUACUCUAUUUUAUUGUGACUUGUCAUUGCAUAGCAAUAUUCAUCACGAUACGGUAUAUACAAACAUAUAAAUGUUAACAUGUAUAAUGUAUUAAUUUAAUUUAAAUUGCAUUUUUUCUUAAAAAUUUGCUAAUUUUGUAAAUUAAAUAUGUUUUGUUCCUUAUUAAAUGUAAUGAGUGUUUGACCUGUGUGUUACGUGUAGGUGAUCUCUUUAUAUGAGAGAGAGAGAGAGAGAGAGAGAGAGAGAGAGAGAAAGAGCUGAAUAGCAAAAUCACUUGUAUAUAAAUUCAUGAUGCAAAAAUGUAUGAAGCACUUCUAUGGUGCUUUCGUCUUAUAGCAUUAUUUGAUUUGAUAGAUAAAUAUUUAAAAUGUAGAGUAUAUAAAUUAUAGACUGAAUAUUCAACUUUCUCUUACUUAUUUAUUGUAAUGUAUAUCUAAACAAUUUCAACGCAAAGUACCACAUAAUUUAUGUUAUUUUAUUUACUGUACAGGAUAUUUCAUGUGAUUGGCGUCAUGUUUAAAUCGUCACAAGUAAAAUAAAAUUAUGGUCUACAUACAA